AAUCCCAUGGUUUGUCCUCAUUUCGCAUAAAGCAGGUGUAGUUUGUCAUGGUUAUUUUCAGGCUCUAGGGAAGCAAGUUGCUUGAAUCAGACAUGACAUCCAGCUGCACAGACUUCAGGAAAACCAUUCAGCAGACUUCAGCAGAGAUGGAUCAAAUGGCUUGGCUCUAAAAACCUUACCCAGGGCAGAGAAGCACCCACUCCCAAGAUGCUGCCACCCUGCCUUCUGAGAAGAGCCAUCCUUAUAGUUCCUUUAGUUUUUGUGGUUGUACUACUCUUCAUGGAGCCUGUUAGAGCUGAUCAAGAAGCAGGAACAGCCAUACCAGCUGAAAGCCGUCCCUGUGUUGAUUGCCAUGCAUUUGAGUUCAUGCAGAGGGCUCUGCAGGAUUUAAAGAAGACAGCAUAUAACCUAGACACACGGACAGAAACUCUGCUUCUUCAGGUGGAAAAGAGAAAUCUGUGUGACUGUGUAGCUGCCAAUCUACUGAACUGAAUCUUGGAGGCCACCAAGGAGAGUCACCUGUUCAGCAGUUUUUAAAUGCAGCUGUAUAAAAUACAGCUUUAUGGAAUUCAUGUUGGAAGCAUGUAUGCCCCAACGUACUGAUGAAAUUGGGGGCCUGUGUCUUAUGUAUUUGUCUGCUCUGUAUUUUUUUAAAAGAGUACCCUCUUUUUUUCACACUUGCUGGAUUGCCAGUAAUGGCUCAAUUCAAUAAAUCUGUUACUUAAUAUUAGAGUGGGGGAAAAAUGUACCUGUUUUGAUUUUUAAAUCAGAGCUUGCCAAGUGUAACCCACAAGAUAAAUUUGGCCAACAGUGCUGUAGAGACACUUGCAGCUGUUUUUUGUCUCCAAUAUGAACAUAUCUCUGUGGUAACUUACCCAGUUGUAUUGAGACAGGACACUGUGGUCCCCGUAGGCUUUGCUUGUGUAUUAAAGAUGAUAGAAGUCCUUUCUGUUUGUUGUUUGCACUGUGACCACCUUGAGGCAUGUUGUAGUUCUGUCAGCUAUAAUGAGGUGUGUGUCAUGAGGAGUUACAUGUGUGCUGUGCUUGCACCAAACCAGUUUAUAUCUCAGUGCUGAGUUUUCUGUUAUCCUGCAUAAGAGUAUUGUUUUCUUCAAUUAAAGUGUUUAGUUUCUUCCUCUCCUUCCCUGGACACUCCAUUCUUAACCUGUUGUAUCUCUAAAUAGCUUUAUCUUGGCAAGUCAAAUGGAUAGUGUACAAAAAGAAUAAGGGUAUGACUAGGCAGCCUUGCCAGUUCCAGCUGUACCAAAUGCUGCCACCAGCAACUGCUCAGCAUCACAUUGAAGGAAAGCUCCGUGCAGUACCAA